AUGUCGGCAGCGGCGCGGGUGCUACCGAAGGCGGUGACCUUCGUGACGGGCAACGCCAAGAAGCUGGAGGAGGUCCGCGCCAUCCUCGGCUCUUCCAUCCCCUUCCAGUCGCUGAAGCUCGACCUGCCAGAACUGCAAGGGGAGCCAGAGGACAUAUCCAAAGAGAAAGCACGAAUGGCUGCAUCUCAGGUGAAUGGGCCUGUACUGGUGGAGGACACCUGCCUAUGUUUUAAUUCACUCAAAGGCCUACCAGGACCCUACAUAAAGUGGUUUCUUGAGAAGAUUGGGCAUGAAGGUCUGAACAAUCUGUUAAAAGCUUACGAAGAUAAAUCAGCGUUUGCAAUGUGCAUCUUUUCUCUUGCUCUUGGACCUGGAGAGGAACCAAUCACAUUUGUUGGAAAAACUGCGGGAAAGAUUGUACCUGCUAGAGGUCCUAAUGAUUUUGGAUGGGAUCCUGUAUUCCAGCCAGACGGUUUUGAACAAACAUAUGCUGAGAUUCCCAAGUCAGUGAAGAAUGAAAUAUCUCACAGAGGGAAAGCUCUUGCUCUGGUGAAAGAACACUUUGCAUCUGCUAGCUAUACAGUUCAGAGCCAUGACUCAGCUUAA